CAAGGUCAUUAAUUAGUUUAUUACUUCUGUUGUCUUGAUGGAUUACUUGGUGUUUAUUAUUAAAUAGUUGUAGUUUUGUGGUAUCUAAACUUGUGUAUUUUUGAUACUUACUUUUAUAGCGAAAUUACUUAUGAAUCCAGCUACUAAGAGCAACACAGUUACCGAAGGUUCCGACUUUGUAUUUAGCUGUGAAUACACCAAAAAUUCAAAUAUAAAAUGGCAAAGAUUUCACGAAAUAAAUGGGACAGAAAUCAUGUAUACUAUUCUGGAUAAUCUUAUUACUGAUAAAAGUACGGAUCAAGACAGAAUUGAAGAGUAUCGUAUCCAAAACGUGUCAAUUGCUGACUCUGGUAGAUACCAAUGUGAAGUAGUGGAUAACAGUAAUAAGAAAGUAACAGAGUGGCGUGUUUUGACGGUGAGAGAAAGAAAUGCUCCCGAGUUUGAAAAAGUGAAAGACUUUUUCACUUUUAACACAAAUGAAAAGGGUAAUAUAAGGUUGACUGUGAUGGGUACUCCUUCUCCAAAUAUUACUUGCUACAAAGAUAAUAAAGAAAUCAUAUUUUGCUCUGGCAAAGAUAUAGAUAGUGCUGAUUUGAACACUCAAGGUGCAACUCCAUUGGCCUGUGAUCGUGAUCGAUAUGGAUUAAACGGUGUACCUGAGUUAAUUAUUGAAUCAAUUUCUUUUGUGAGAGAUGAUGGAAACUACACAUGCGUCGCAACUAAUCCUGUCGGAAAGGACGUUGUUUCGUUUUAUGUCGAUGUAACAGUGCCACCAUCCAUCAGCAGAGGAAAUAGUGAAUAUUUUACAGCACGACACAACACUGAAGGCGAGAUUAAAUGUAUGAUAAGAUGGUCUAAUCCAAGACCAAACAUAACUUGGGAUCAACAGAUCGUUAACAACAACAAUGAACCUGUCUCGAAUAACUGGACCCCUUCACAGUAUAAGUCUUCGUUUAAAAAAGGAAAAAACAAAGGACAAUAUGAAAGUGUUUUAAAGAUACCCGCGACUGCUAAACAAGCUUCAAUGUUGUUCAGAUGUUUUGCUCAAAACAUUCAUGGAAAUGACAGUAGAAUGUUUAGGUUUCUGCGAUUUGGAGAUGAUCCCUUUAAUGUUUUUCCUUCUGGGGAUGUAAUUUUAAAUGAAAACGAGGACUUUAUGGUAAUUUGCAGAGUAGAUGUUUCGAUUCGUGAUAAUAUUGCGUUUUACAAAGAAAAUCCUCGUCGUGAAGUGAUAAAUAAUGAAAGAACAAACAUCACCAUAAGUAGAAAUCCUCAAUAUCGUAAUGUUACAAUGAAAAUACGAAAUAUCAACAUCAAUGAUUCUGGAACUUACAGAUGUAGUGAAAAAAAUGCUCUCAGUAAUGAACGUGCUGUUGUAACAUUGAAUGUACGAGGAAUAUAUCCUCCUGUAAUUUAUCAGAUGAAAGAUUCUACAGUGAAUAAGGAUAAAGAUAAAGACGCAGAGUUGAUUUGUAAUGUGUCAGGUAAUCCUCGACCCACAGUAACAUGGUCAAGAAAUGAUGAAGAAAUUGGUCGUGUUAUAAUCACAAAUUGUAAAACCCAAGUUCCUAACUAUUACUUGAAGAAUGAUGGAACAACUCUUAUUAUUUGUGGCGUUGAUAUUUCACAUUCGGGAAACUACACAUGCUUUGCAAAAAACCAGUUAGGAAACGUCACAGCAACUGUUUAUCUUAAUGUUACUGGUAAACCAAAGAUCGACGAACCAUCAACUUUAAUAGAUGAAAGUCUUUUUCCCAAUGAAAAGAAAACGUUUAGUUGUGUAGCAAGCGGUAAUCCUACACCUUGGGUACAAUGGAUUUCUCUCGAUAGUGAUGUGAAGCUCACAGCUAUAGCAAAGAAGGAAAUAGUUAUGACAGUUGAAAAAAUGAAUAAAUCUUACAUCGGAAAUUAUUCUUGUAAGGCAUGGAACUCGUUUGGUAUUACAGAGAAGCGUUUGUUGUCACUAAGACUUCGACCUCAAGAUCCUACACCGACGAUCCAAAACGACGAUGGUACAUCACCAGGAACCAUUGCAGGGAUAGUUAUUGGUGUUUCCAUAGUCAUCAUAUUAAUUAUCAUCAUUGUUCUCUAUAGAAAACAAAAACAAAAAUUAUCAUUCUACAAACAUCAGUAUUUUCUACGUACUGGAAAUUAUUCAAUUGACCCUAGUAUAACGCUUAAUGAGCAAAGUAUGAAUUUACCGUACGACUCUGAUUGGGAAUUUCCUUUUGAAAGACUCGUUAUGGGUGAUCGUCUUGGUGCAGGAGCCUUUGGAGAAGUUUACAAAGCUGAAGCAAUGGGAAUUUUAGCUUUAAAUCCUCGCGAUAAAAGCAGCAUUGCUGGUAAGAGAAGAUCGAAAAUACGUCGUACUUUAAGGGCAAGUCAAAGACCUAAAAAGAAAGACCAUUUACAGCCUAAUUCAACCAAUGCUAUUGUUGCUGUAAAAACUGUUAAAGCUCAUGCAACAGAAAGCGAAAUACGUGAUUUAGCAGAGGAACUGAAACUAAUGAUUCACAUUGGUGAAAAUAAAAACAUCGUUAAUUUACUCGGCGCUUGUACGAAGGGACGGCAACUUUAUGUAAUCUUAGAAUUUUGUCCUCAUGGAAACUUGCUGACAUUUUUAAGAUCCAAAAGAUCUUUUUAUGAAAGCACCUGGGAAAAGAAAAUUUAUGAUCCAGAGAAAGAGUUUACUUUAAUUGAUAUUGUUGGUGCUGCUUUUCAAAUUGCCAAAGGAAUGGAGUUUCUUGCUUCACGCAAGUUAAUACAUCGUGAUCUUGCUGCCCGUAACAUUCUUCUUGCUGAAGAAUACGUCAUGAAAAUAUCAGAUUUUGGUCUGGCACGAGAUAUAUAUAAAAGCGAUGUUUAUGUAAAGACAUCCAGUGGUAUGUUACCUGUAAAAUGGAUGGCUGUAGAAUCUUUAUUUGAUCGCGUAUAUACUCAUCAAAGUGAUGUUUGGUCGUUCGGUGUUCUACUGUGGGAGAUGAUGACUCUUGGAGGUACGCCUUAUCCUGAUCUACCACCUGAACAAUUGCUGGAUUUUUUAAACCAAGAAAAACGUAUGCCACAACCCAAUAAAUGUCCGUUGGAAAUCUAUACAAUCAUGAGAGAUUGUUGGCAGGAACAACCACAAAAUAGACCAACAUUUUCCAAUUUGGUAGAGCAUUUUGGAAGAAUAUUGGAACGACAUAUGGAAAAGACGAAUCCAUAUUUACACAUUGAAGCAAGUGCUGAGGAGAUUGAGGCGGCAAGGGAGAAAGAUGAAUUAUUGAAAAAAAAAUCUGAUUAUUACUUACAACCAUUGCUCAUUUCCAAUAAAUUACAUGGCUAUGACUCCAAUGCACCAUUACCUACCCCUCCCACAGAUGCAUACACGGCAUCUACAGUUCCUUUACCUGAAGUUGCUGUUGAACCAUCAACACAGAAAUUAAAAGAUGCUGGUUCUUACGAAAGGCUAGCAGACGAUGCCUCUCCACGAAAAGGAGUAUCUUAUAAGAAUGAAGACGCAAUAAGAUUAGAAAAUAUGACAGCGACAAAUCACAACGACACUAAAGAUGUUCAACAGCCUGAGAAGAUAGAGUCCAUUGUUUGAAGCAUAUUGUUUACAUUAUUUUGUGAAUUGGAAACGAAGAUACGUAGGAACUGCCAAUUGAAGAAUUUUAAACAAAAAGAAUGAUAGCACAGCGCAAAAAUAAGAAUUGCAAAAUAUCACCUUCUUAUAUAAGAAUGAUAGCACAGCGCAAAAAUAAGAAUUGCAAAAUAUCACCUUCUUAUAAGAAUUGCAAAAUAUCACCUUCUUAUAUUUGGUUGAAAAUCAACAAUUUGGUAAACUUUCUGAAAUCGUUUAAACCACAGGUGAAGGAAAGCUAAGUUAUUUGGACGGACUUACCUUUCUUAAAACCCAUGUAAAUCUCAAACUUCCAUGGUUGGCACAAUGCAAGUCUAUACAUCAUGAUUAACACCAUGUAAAUUUCUACACCAUGGUUGGCUCAAUGCAAGUCUAUACAUCAUGAUUAACACCAUGUAAAUUUCUACACCAUGGUUGGCUCAAUGCAAGUCUAUACAUCAUGAUUAACACCAUGUAAAUUUCUACACCAUGGUUGGCACAAUGCAAGUUUCUUCUACACCAUGGUUGGC